GGACAAAAGUCGGCGAAACUGAAGAUAUCUUUUUCGUUUUGUUUUGCAAUAAUCUCGAUUCUCUAAAAUAAAAUAAAAAAAAAACAAAAAAAAAUCUCUGAUCACGGAAGAAGAGAAAUGAGCUACGAGAGAGUUCCACCGGAAUCGUAUCCUCCUCCAGGGUACCAAUCUCAUUAUCCGCCUCCUGGCUAUCCAUCGGCGCCUCCGCCUCCGGGAUAUCCUCCGCCGCAUCAGGAAGGUUAUCCACCACCUCAGCCUCACGGAUAUCCACCGUACCCGCCGCCGCGUCCUUACGAAGGCGGUUAUCAAGGCUACUUCGCCGGUAACUAUCCUCCUCCUCCACCUCCGCCGCAGCAGUGCAACCAUUACCAGCACGAUCAUCACCAUUACGAGGAUUCAAACUCUGAUGGCUCCUCUUUUCUCCGUGGCUGUCUUGCUGCUCUGUGCUGUUGCUGUUUGUUGGAGGAAUGCUUCUGAGAAUGCCCCUUCCUUCUCCCCCGGAUCACCUCUUGUUACUCUCCUCAUUUACAGUCAACAUUAUAUGUUAAAUCAAAUCCAAGACAUGCCAUAACUUCUCUAUGUCUUUAUGUACUGUGAAAUGUUUCAUUGUCUGUUAAUGCUGUUCCUCUUUGUUUGAAAGUGGAACGUGGAUCAGAAGAAUCCUAUGUAUGUUCUUUGUAAUUUGUCUUAAUUAUUUGGAAAAAAUAUAUACUCA